UCAAUUAAGAUAGUAUCUUUCAACCGUAAAGUAGUCAGUUGAAGCUGAUCAUUCGAGCCCGUAGCUAGCAUACUGCUUAAAGAAUACGUUUUACUAGUAAUAAUAUUUAAACAAAAAUUAUUCUGAUUGGAAUCCUAGUUUUGAAUUUAUUUCAAUUUUUUAAAAUUCAAAACGCGUGUGACAGAAUCAGUUGAUUUCUCGAGAAUUCCUCAGAAAAAUAAAUAUACUUACAAAAUUAGCAGUCAAGACCGAACAAGGCAAUUAAUUAUGAUUCAAUUGUUUCUGGUAUACGCCUUAGCUGUUGGCUCAAUCACAGCAGCUCCACAGUUCUUUGACUUUAACAAUGGUGGCGUUGGUGUCAAUUUUGCUGGAUAUUCAGCUAGAGCUGGACUUGGUGGUCUCUUAACUGGAAAUGCAGCUGAUGGUGGUCUUAGUGCUUCAGCUGGAACACCAUUUGGACAGAGGGCUGCUGCCGGACUAGGUGGCUCUGUAAACGGAAACGCUGCUGGCGUAGCUUAUGCUGGAGCCCAAGCUAAUGACGAUGUUGGUGCUAGUGCUGCUAUCGGUGGUUCAACUGGUUCUCAAAAAUCAGGCUUCCUUGGUGCUGAAUCUCAUUCAAAUGGUGGUGGUAAUUCAGUUACAAAAACUCUAAUUCAAGACUCAACACCAGAAUUAACAGUCCCAACAACAAUUCAGAAGGUAACAACUGUUCAAAAAAUUAAACCACCAAAGAAAUACAUCGCAACACAAGCUAAUAUUGAAAGUAAAAAAGUUGUUGUUAACGCACCUGAAACAGUGACUGUGGUCAAGACUUACAACCGCCCUGGUAAACAUUUUAUUAAGAAAAUAUCAAGACCAUCAGCAAGACGUGUUGGUUUAUUUAAACAGAUUUCUUUUGCACCAGUCGUUAGUCAGAGAUUUGGUGGUGAGGAACAACAAGUAAAUGUUGUUAACCCAACAACUUACAAGACCGUAACAAAAGUCAAUUAUCCUGUUGUCACCAAGGAAGUAAAUUACAAUCCUCUACAAUACUUGAACAUCCCAAUUGGAAUUUUGAGAUCACUUCAAGAAAGCUUACAACCAGUUGUGUAUUCAAAACAAGUUUCAGUCCAAGGUUAAGACUAAGUGUACAAAACUUUUGUGUAACUAAAUUUUUGAAAUAAAAAACUAAGUAUUCGAAA